AUGCGUUCCGUCCUACCAUCAAGAAUAUCAACACCAUCAUCAAAAAGCAACAUUCAGCAAGUCAUCACCCAAAACGACUUCAUCGAGGAUGUAGAAAACGGCGUGCAAAAAGCCCCAAUGUCAAUCCGUCUCACUCCGCACAUCCUCAGUGUAAUAAACUGGGAGGAACCAUUUACCGACCCUUUAAUCCGUCAAUUCGUUCCUUUGGGCUCUCGGUUACUUCCCGAUCAUCCUGAGCUUCGCUUAGACUCUUUGGAUGAAACCACGGAUUCCUCGGUGAAGGGGUUGAUACAUCGAUAUCCGGAUAAAGCUGUAUUUCUAGGUAAGUUAAAAUUAAGCUCGUCUGGUUUCUUGAUGCGGAAAUGCUAAGUGAUGUGAUUGCAGCAACCUCCGUGUGUCCCGUCUAUUGUCGCUACUGUACACGAUCGUAUAGCACAGGAGUAGACACCGCUAGCGUAUCCAAAGUUCGUUUUCUCCCCAUCAUGAAGCGAUGGGAACCCAUAUUCGAGUACAUCGAGAAGACCACCAAGCUCAAUGACAUCCUUGUCUCAGGUGGAGAUUCCUACAGCCUGAGUCCCGAGCAACUUCUAGCUAUCGGUCGACGACUUCUUGAUCUGCCUCAUAUCCUGCGAAUCAGGUUUGCUAGCAAAGGCUUAGCCGUCUGUCCUUCACGACUGGUGGACCCAGAUGAUCGGUGGGCAGAGGCGCUAAUACAGCUGAGCAGAGAAGGGAGGGAGAUUGGAAAGAGUGUUAGCUUACAUACACAUUUUAAUCAUCCGAAUGAGAUUACAUGGGUGACGGAAGCUGCAGCGAGUCGACUAUUUAGAGAGGGCGUUCAAGUGCGCAAUCAGACGGUUCUCCUGAAUGGUGUUAAUAGCGAUGUUAAGACCAUGACCCAGCUCAUUCGUCGACUUGCAGCUCUCAACAUCCAACCCGUAAGUUGAAUUAUUUCUACCGAGACUUCGGACUUCUCUCAUAUCACCCUUCACAACACUCCCAUGGUUUGACCAGAAAUUACCACAAGUCCUAACGGUAUGGUCUUAGUACUACGUCUUCCAACACGACCUAGUCUGCGGCGUCGAAGACCUCCGAACACCCUUAUCAACAAUCCUCUCUCUCGAGUCUCAAAUCAGAGGUACCAUCGCGGGCUUCAUGAUGCCCAACUUCAUGGUUACUCUCCCCGGAGGCGGCGGGAAGCGAUUAGCCUGUAGCUACGAAAGCUACGAUCGCGCGACCGGCCGAAGCUUAUUCCGCGCUCCCAAUAGCCAUAUGAGAGGCGGUACCGAGAAUGGGAAGGAACUUUGGGAUUAUUGGGAUCCGCAUUGGAGUUUGGAAGGGAAGAUUUUAUGA